UUGAGUUGGAGAGUAGCAUUCAAUUCUUCUUCUUUAUUCGCCGUUGGUGAUCUGGGUAAUGUAAUAGUAGCUGUACCUCACAAUCCUGAGGAAGACGGUGAUCCUCAAUCUGAAUUUUACUAUUCUUUAGAUCAAGGUAAGACUUGGACCGAGUACGAGUUAGAGACCACUGUCUACCCAAGUGAUUUGAUUAAUACUACACCAGAUGGAUCUGGAAGCAGGUUUAUUUUGAACGGAUUAAGCCAAAAGAUAACCGGUUCAGAAAAUCUAAUCUAUGCUAUUGACUUUUCAGGUGCCUUUGACGGAAAAACCUGUGAAGAUGAUAAAGAUUUCGAAGAUUGGAAUCUGGCCGAAGGGAAGUGUGUCAAUGGUGUUAAGUACAAGUACAGGAGAAGAAAACAGGACGCCCAAUGUUUAGUCGGCAAAGUGUUUGAAGAUCUAAAGCUGUAUAAAACUACUUGUGACAGUUGUACUGCAAGUGAUUACGAAUGUGCGUUUGAAUUCGUCAGGGAUGCAAACGGGAAAUGUGUGCCUGACUAUAAUCUGAUUGUUCUUUCUGAUGUAUGUGACAAGUCGAAUAAGAAGUCYGUGUCUGUAGAGCCAAUGCAAUUAAUCAAAGGUGAUGAAUGUAAAACGCCCCUGAAAAUCGAGCCUGUGGAAAUUCCUUGUGAUGGAGUCCCAGGUAAGGGCACCAAUGACAAGGAAAUAGUGGUCACCGAAAACAAACUUGACUUCAAACUUGAGUUCUACCAAUACUUCGACACAGUUACAGACGAAUCGCUGGUCAUGGUAGACUCUAGAGGAAGUGCGUUUUUGUCUCAUGAUGGUGGACAGACAAUAAAAAAAUUUGACGUUGACAACGAGAACAUUGUCGAAGUUAUYUUCAACCCRUACUUCAAUUCUUCCGCCUAUCUAUUUGGCUCCAAAGGCAAUAUUUUYAUCACUCACGAYAGAGGRUACACUUUYACGAAYACGAAAYURCCUGAAGCUAGACAAUUGGGGUUGCCAUUGGACUUUAGUGCGAGGGAUCAGAAUACGUUUAUUUAUUAUGGUGGCAAGGAUUGCGARUCGAUCUUGAGUCCAGAAUGCCAUGCCGUUGCAUACCUUACCAAGGACGGUGGGGAAACGUUCACGGAGAUGCUUGAUAAUGCGAUUCAUUGUGAGUUUGCAGGUUCACUUUUCAAAUACCCCUCCAAUAAAGACAUGAUCAUGUGYCAAGUGAAGGAAAAAUCCUCACAAAAGAGAACUCUAGUUUCGUCAACAGACUAUUUCCACAAUGAUAAGAGAACUGUUUUUGAGAGYAUUAUUGGUUACCUGUCCACCGGUGACUAUAUCAUUGUUGCUGUUCCCCACGAAGACAACGAAUUGAGAGCAUACGUGACUGUUGACGGUGCUGAGUUUGCGGAGGCCAAAUUCCCAUAUGACGAAGACGUCGGAAAACAAGAGGCGUUUACUAUUUUGGAGUCCGAAAASGGAUCGAUAUUUUUACAUUUGGCGACGAACUCGGUAGCAGGAGAGGACUUUGGUAAUCUGUUGAAGUCCAACUCCAACGGCACUUCGUUUGUGACKUUGGAACAUGCUGUCAAUAGAAACGCGUUCGGUUUUGUAGAUUUUGAGAAAAUCCAAGGUUUGGAAGGUAUUAUUCUGAUCAACGUCGUUUCCAACAGCGAAAAGGUUUCCGAGAAUAGGGACAAGAAGCAACUGAAAACGAAGAUCACGUUCAAUGAAGGUUCGGACUGGUCCUUUUUGAAACCUCCUAAGAAGGACUCGGAAGGCAAGAAGUUUUCAUGUAACUCCAAAUCACUAGACAAAUGUUCCCUGMACYUACACGGUUACACCGAACGUAGAGAUAUUAGAGACACGUACUCUUCYGGCUCCGCRCUGGGAAUGAUGUUCGGKAUCGGAAACGUUGGCGAUAGUCUUCUACCGUAUAACGAAUGCUCCACAUUUUUCACCACCGAUGGAGGCGAGACCUGGACCGAAGUUAAGAAAGGUCCAUACCAAUGGGAAUACGGUGACCAUGGYGGGAUYUUAGUUCUKGUUCCYGAAARGRCCGAAACWGAUUCUAUYUCUUAUUCYACAGAUUYUGGUAARACAUGGAAAGACCACAAAUUYUGCGAYGACAAGGUGGUARUAAAGGAUAUAACGACKGUUCCUAGAGAUUCUGCCUUGAGAUUUUUACUAUUYGGAGAGGCGACAAAUAUCGGAGGCGGUUCAAUUAGAACCUACACAAUAGAUUUCAGAAACAUUUUUGAAAGACAAUGUGACUUCGACRUUACCGGUAAGGAAAGCCCUGACUACAAAUAUUCGUCUUUGGGUUCUCAAAGCGGAUGUCUAUUUGGCCACCAAACAGAAUUUUUACGCAAAACUGACGAGAAGUGUUUCAUUGGGAAUAUCCCACUUUCCGAAUUUUCAAGAAACGUUAAAAACUGUUCAUGUACGAGACAGGACUUUGAGUGUGAUUAUAACUACCACAAAGACAAUGAUGGUACUUGUAAGUUGGUCAAGGGCUUAAGUCCGGCCAAUGCUGCCGAUAUAUGCAAAAAAGAGCCCGAUCUGGUUGAAUACUUCAAGUCUUCUGGUUAUAGGAAGAUCCCGUUGUCRACGUGYGAGGGUGGUUUGAAACUGGAUACYCCGUCAUCRCCCCACCCUUGUCCAGGKAAAGAGAAGGAAUUCAAAGAAAAAUACUCUGUAAGGACCGGCACUUUCGCAUUUGUUUUCAUUGCUAUUCUUCUCGUCAUUUUCUUUGCCACAUGGUUUAUAUAUGAUAGAGGUAUCAGAAGAAACGGRGGGUUYGCAAGAUUYGGUGAAAUCAGRCUSGGKGAUGAYGGAUUGAUAGAAAACAACAACACCGACAGAGUUGUCAACAACAUUGUGAAAUCAGGGUUUUACAUCUUCUCGAACAUUGGGUCUGUUGUCCAACACGCAAAGACGAAUGUGGGGCACGUAUUUUCCAAAAUCAGGGGAAGGUUCAGCAGCAGAGUGGGUCCAAGCUAUUCGUCGCUGACUCACGACCAGUUCUUGGAUGAAGCAGACGACUUGCUUGCCGGGCAUGAUGAAGACGCUAACGACUUGUCUAGUUUCAUGGACCAAGACAGCAAUUUUGACAUCGAGGAUGAAGAUGCUGCGACGCCCGAACAAGAACAUACGUCAUAUACGGAUCAGCCUACCGCGAGCGAUAUUCCUGAUGCACURCCAUCACGCAGUGAAGAAGACGCACACAAGUCUGACCCAGCARCUCCACUCAAYGAGRACRAUUAG